AUCAUCAGCAGCAGUCAAGCCAAGCAAGUGAGCCCAUUGACCUCACACUAGCAGCUAGCUAGCUAGAGGGGUAGCCAAGCCAAAGCCAAAGCCAAAAAGCUUCGUGGCCGGCCGGAGGCGGAGGAGAGAGGAGCUCCUGGUGGCGAUGGCGCUACAAGUAGUAGGGAGGGAGGAGGAGCUCCUGGCGCAGCUCCGCGCGCUACUGUUCUUGCCUUCCCCGGCGGCUGCGGCGACACCAGCAGCUCCGGCGGCCGUUAAGGUGGAGUCCGCCGGCGGCGGAUCGCUCAUGGGCAGUGGCGGCGGUGGACGACGGCGGCGCAGACUGCAGGGGAGCAAGAGAGACCGGGACGACGACAGUAAAGCGAAGGACGAACAGAAUCAGGAGGAGAGAGCAGCAGCUACAGAACCUCGCCAUUAUUCUCCUCCUCCCUGCAAAAGAAGGAAGAAGAAGCAGCAGAGCAAGAGCAAGUCUCUUGUGACAUCAGUGCCCGAUUUCGAUGGGUACCAAUGGAGGAAGUACGGGCAGAAGCAGAUCGAAGGUGCCAUGUACCCAAGAAGUUACUACAGGUGUACACGGAGCGCCGAGCAAGGCUGCGCGGCCAAACGGACGGUGCAGCGCAACGACGACGACGGUGGCGGCGCCGCCGCCGCCCCGGAGUACACGGUGGUGUACGUGUCGGAGCACACCUGCACGGCCAACGACUCGCUGGAGGCGCCGGUCAUCCUCGAGACCACCACCACCGUCGUCGCCCCUUCUAAUUCUGCUGCUACUGCUAACACCACAACCUACACCGACAGCAUCGUCGUUCCAACUAUGUCAGAUCAUGGCUCUUGUUCCACCAUCACCAUCACCACGGGGACUGAAUCUCCGGCGAUCUCCGGCGACGACAUCACCUGCUGGAGCAGCACCAGCGGCGGCGCUAGCAGCAGCGAUUAUAAUUACGCCGACGAUGACUACUACUACGACUGCGGCGGGUUGUUCGGUGCCGCUGUCCAUGGUGGUGGCUGGGCCACCGGACCGGCGGAUGCAUCGUCGUCGUCGUCGUUGUUGGAGAUGGAGGACAUGAACGGACCGAUCCGGUCGCCGGUGCACGUUCCCGCGGUUGGUUGGACCAUUAUUGACCCGCUCUUGCUGCAGCUCGUUAAUGAGCCUGCUGUCUGCCAUUUCUAAGCUCUGCUGCUUUAAUUAAUUUGUUUCUGUAGCUUAGGUUGGUAUUGAGAUGGAUGUGAACAGUUUUGACUGUACUGUACGUGUUCUAGGCUCUGUUUAAUUGAAUGGCUGGCCAGGCAUUGUCUUCUAUAUGGCCCUCUCA